GUCGCGGCGCUUCACGACGUCGCCGGCCGGCCCCGAAGAACGCCCUGGAGGAGUCAGUCCGAAGUCCUUCCCGCGGCUGGGCGAAAGCUAAGCACGAUGUUCGGUGCGGGCGACGAGGAUGACACCGAUUUUCUCUCGCCCAGCGGCGGUGCCAGAUUGGCUUCUUUGUUUGGACUGGAUCAGGCACCUGCUGGCCAUGGAAAUGAAUUCUUCCAGUACACAGCCCCAAAGCAGCCUAAAAAAAGCCAGGGAAAAGCAACCACAGGAAACCAGGGGAUCCCGAAAGCUGCACCCUCCUCUACAGACGCCCUUACUUUGUUGAUAGCAACAGCAGUGCAUGCCUAUCAAUAUAAAAAUGAUCAGUAUGUGAAGCAGGGAAAGUUUGGUGCUGCAGUCCUGGGGAAUCAUGCAGCCAGAGAGUAUAAGAUUCUUCUUUAUAUCACUAAGCAACAGCCAGUUACCGUUGCAAGGAUUCAUCUGAACUUUGAACUUUUGGUUCAACCCAAGAACUAUAGCACCUUUUAUGAUGACCGGAGACAAAACUGGUCCAUCCUGUUUGAGUCAGAAGAGGCAGCUGUGGAGUUCAAUAAACAGGUGUGCAUUGCCAAAUGCAACAGCACAGCUUCCUUGGAUGCAGUGCUUUCACAGGAUCUUGUUGUCACUGAGGGCCCUGCUGUAGAAACUGGAGAUUCUUUGGAAGUGGCCUACACCAGCUGGCUCUUCCAGAAUCAUGUGCUCGGUCAGGUUAUUGACUCUUCUGCUAAUAAAGAUAAGCCACUUCGCCUGAAAUUAGGAUCAGGAAAAGUCAUUAAGGCCUGGGAGGAUGGAAUGCUGGGCAUGAAGAAAGGAGGAAAGCGCUUACUUAUUAUCCCUCCGUCCUGUGCUGUUGGCUCUGAAGGGGUGAUUGGAUGGACUUCAUCAACAGACUCAAUUCUGGUGUUUGAAGUGGAGGUUAGACGGGUGAAGUUGGCACGAGAGGCGGGCUCUGAUGGGCACAGUGUCGGGUCCCGGGACUCGGCAGCCCCUUCUCCAGUGCCUGUUGCUGACUGUGUCUCUGCUGCCUCUCUGGCCUCACUGCCCACAUCAUUGCCUUCCCAGCCUGGGGAGCCAGCUCUGCGAAGCAAAUCUAACUCCAUCGGUGAACAGCUUUCAGCUCAUGCAGGUCCCGAUACAAUCAAGGCCAAGUUGAUCUCUCGAAUGGCUAAAAUGGGCCAGCCUAUGUUGCCCAUCCUUCCACCACAGUUGGAUUCCACCGAUUCAGAAAUAGAAGAUGCGAUGGGUCCUCGGGGCACUGUGCAGCCCUUGACAGCUCCAUCCUUUCAGCCCUCUCUUCAGCCUGUUCAGCCAGUCUUACCACAGAUGACCUCACAAGCACCUCCACCACCUGUUGCUGGGCUCCAAGCACCCUCUGCUGCCUUAAUGCCCAUUACAUCUCUCGACUCCCAUCCUGCCGUGUCUGGGAAUACCCCGUCCUUUCAGCCCUAUGCAGGUGUGCAGUCCUAUGCUUAUCCACACGCCAGCCCCGUCACCUCACAGCUGCAGCCUGUGCGGCCCUUAUACCCAGCUCCACUCUCCCAGUCUCCCCAUUACCAAGGAUCAAGUGACAUGGCUUCAUUUCUCAUGACUGAAGCCCGACAGCAUAACACUGAAAUUCGAAUGGCCGUCAGCAAAAUGGCUGAUAAAGUGGAUCAUCUCAUGACUAAGGUUGAUGAGAUACAGAAACAUGGUGCUGGCAAUUCUCUGCUCAUUCCUAGCAUGUCAGUUACCAUGGAAACAAGCAUGAUUAUGAACAACAUUCAGCGAAUCAUUCAGGAAAAUGAAAGAUUGAAGCAAGAAGUCCUUGAAAAGAGUAAUCGAAUAGAAGAACAGAAUGACAAGAUUAGUGAACUAAUUGAACGAAAUCAGAGGUAUGUUGAGCAGAGUAACUUGAUGAUGGAGAAGAGGAAUAGGUCCCUUCUAACAGCCACUGAAAACACACAGGCAAGAAUAUUGCAUGCUGAGCAAGAGAAGGCGAAGGUGACGGAAGAGUUAGCAGCAGCCACUGCACAGGUCUCUCACCUGCAGCUAAAAGUAACAGCGCACCAAAAGAAAGAGACUGAGCUGCAGGUGCAGCUGAGCGACAGUGCGAAGGAGACACACCUCCUGAGAGCCCAGCUGGCCAAAUUACAAGCAGAUCACUCAGAGCUCCAAGAAGCCUCUGAGCAAGCACAGUCCAUAGUCAAAAGUGAAAAGCAAAGCCGGAAACAACUGGAACUCAAGGUGACAGCCCUGGAAGAGUUGCUGACUGACCUUCGAACUGAGAAGGAGUCUCUGGAAAAGAACCUAUCAGAAAGGAAGAAAAAGUCUGCCCAGGAGCGCUCUCAGGCCGAGGAGGAGAUGGAUGAAAUCCGCAAAGCACACCAAGAGGAACUGGACAAACUUCGGCAGCUCUUGAAAAAGGCUCGGGUGUCCACAGAUCAAACAAAUGCAGAGCAGCUGUCUCUAGUACAGUCUGAGCUCCAGACCCAGUGGGAAGCUAAAUGUGAACAACUGUUGGCAUCUGCCAAGGAUGAACACCUGCAGCAGUACCGAGAAGUGUGUGCACAGCGAGACGCCAGCCAGCAGGAGCUGCUCCAGUUGGAGAAAAAGUGUUUAGCCCUCCAGUCUCAGGUCACAGUCCUGACAGAGCAACAUAAACAGCACCUGCGGGCCCUGGAGAAGAGCAAGUCCCAGAUGUCUGGGGUUGAAGCUACUGCCCCUGAUCCCUCCGAGGCGGUCAAGAAGAUUAUGAACCAGGUAUUCCAGUCAUUGCGAGGCAAAUUUGAGCUGGACGAGUCAUACGAGGGCAGGAUCAUUCUGGGGACCAUCAUGAAUACAAUCAAGAUGGUGACUCUUGAGCUGUUGAACCAACAUAAGCAAGAAAAGGAGGAGAAUAUCCAGGAAGAAGAGGAGGAGGAAGAAGAAAAGCAGCCUGAGAGUCCCUCUCUGGAGCAGUCUGUCUCAGCCAGUUCUGGGGGUCCAUCUCCAGAGCUCCAGAGUCAGGAGAGGCAGGAAACUCCUGGGAUACAGCCAGAGGCAGAAGUCAUGCCAUUCCAUCCCCCAGCUCUUUCCACACCUCAGGAUGAUGUUCAGAAGAAAGGAGAGCCCCUGGAAGCAGAGACUCACUCAGAUAGAAAAGAUGACUGCCUCUCCCCCCAACUCACUUCAGUCCCGGGGCCCCCAACUUCUAUCCCCCCAAAGCCUCCAGGCCCUGUUGUUGUGGACUCAGUGUGUGAGGAGAUCCUUGCUGCCAGCCUUAUGGUCACCAAGCCUGAUGACCCACUGGGACCCCCCUGUGAUGAAACACAGGAUGCUCCCUUGAGACUGCCCCUGACCUCAGACCCUCAGGAAGACCCUUUGGCCACGAGGGCUGUAAGUCCAGGCGCACCUCAGCCUCCAGAGCUGAAGGAAGAAGAGGCUGCCACAAUCCCCACCACUUCUGCCAUGGAGCCAGUGAGCACAGAGGCAGGAGCAGCUACUAUCAGCACUGCCCUUGGGCCAGACCAUUGUCCUCUCCAUGCCAGUUUGUCUGGGGAUGAAGAUGAUGAACUAUUUAAAGGAGCAACUCUCAAAGUUUCACGUUCCGAAGCACAAAUUGAGGAUGAGGAUGAAGAUGAGGUGAGCAUGAAGGGACGCCCGCCCCCUGCCCCCCUUUUUGGAGAUGAUGACGAUGAUGAUGAUAUUGACUGGCUGGGAUGAAGACCUGGGAAACCAGUGGGAAGGUUUCUUUGCCAGCCCUUCCCUGAGCAUGGCCGAGGCCAAUCCCAGGGUGCAGUGAAGUGCUCGUUCUGAGGACAGCAGCUGAGGUACCCAGGAAGCCUGCUUCUGAGCCUGCCACAGCCCAGAGCCUGAGCCUGGCUGCUGACGGGACCUGCCGAGUCCCAUGCAGAGGGAGAGCUGGAAGAUUCCAGCAGGUCCCUCCCCUACACGAGUUUUACCCUCUGCCAAGCUUUUUACUCUUCACCGAGACCCACCCAGGGAACACAAGAGUCUUCUCCCUCUGUUCCAGCCACAGAAUCCAUCACCUGGAAUGAGCCCAGGACAGAUGACUCCAUUCAAACCCCUACCAGCCUCAGCUGCAGUCUGGGACAUGUAUCUGUUCUCUGCCUUAAACCUGAUUCAAAAGGUCGAUGAAUAUUUGAAAUGAACAAUACUGAAAUAAAUGCGUGCACUUACACUUGA